UCUAAUGACCACCACUUAUAUAAAUAGAUGAUCAUGAUCCACAUCACAUGAUAAAACACACACAAAACUAAACCCUAAUAAAAAAGAUGGCGAAAGUCUCCAGUAUUCACAUUCUCUUCCUUGCGUUCAUCACAAGCGGCGUUGCUGUUUCCGCCACCGUCUUCACUUUGGAAAACAGCUGCCCUUACACCGUGUGGCCGGUAAUCCUCUCCGGUAACAGCAACACCCUCGGCGACGGCGGCUUCCCCUUGACUCCAGGCGCUUCCCUCCACCUCAACGCUCCUCCGGGAUGGUCCGGACGCUUCUGGGCUCGCACCGGCUGCACCUUCGACGCCUCGGGCCACGGCACCUGCGUCACCGGAGACUGCGGAGGCGCUUUGAAAUGCACCGGCAACGGACUUCCUCCGGCCACUCUCGCCGAGUUCACCGUCGGAUCGAGCAACUCCGGGAUGGACUUCUACGACGUGAGCCUCGUCGACGGCUACAACGUCAAGAUGGGGAUAAGGCCGCAGGGAGGAACAGGGGACUGCCGCUACGCGGGCUGCGUCUCCGACAUCAACGAGAUCUGUCCUAGCGAGCUUCGGAUCAUGGAUCCGCGGAACGGCGGAAACGUUGCCGCGUGUAAGAGCGCGUGCGCGGCGUUUAACUCGCCGGAGUUUUGUUGUACCGGAGCUCACGCGACGCCGCAGACUUGUUCUCCGACGCAGUACUCGACGAUGUUCAAGAACGCUUGUCCUAGCGCUUAUAGUUAUGCCUAUGACGACGCCACGAGUACAUUCACUUGUAAUGGAGCUAACUAUGUGAUCACUUUCUGCCCGGCCCGUUCUUAGAGUCGGGUCGGGUUUCUUUUAAUUGUUACGCACGGAAAGAUAAUUAUCUUCUAUCCCUUUUAAGUAUUCACUUCUUACACUAAUCACAUUUGCAUUUGUUCCAUACAAUGAAAUAAUAUAAUUGGAACUUACAGAAAUAAAAGAUUUUAUGUGCUGAGUUUUUUCGUU